GGAAUGGGUCGUUCCUGCCAGACGGUUUACAGAAAAUGUAGACUACAGUCAUCUGCCCAAUGUUGGCAAGAUCCGAUCAGACAAUGAUGAGACCAUGAUGCUACACUACACUCUAAGGGGACCAGGAGCCAACCAGCCACCUGUUGGUUACUUUAUAGUCGACACAUACAAAGGACUGGUUCACAUUACACGGCCCCUGGAUCGCGAGGAGAGACAAAACUACACCCUUAUUGGCACUGCAUGGUAUGCUAACAAAACCAUAGCUGAAGAUAAUAUUAAAAUCAACAUUGUUGUGGAGGACCAGAAUGAUAACCCGCCAGUUUUCAUCAAGCCAGAACAAAGCAGCGUUUAUGAGGGGAGCCCAGUUGGUACCUUUGUAACCCAAGUUGUGGCCAAAGAUGCAGAUGAGCCAAACACUCUUCACACUAAGAUAGCCUACAGCUUGAUCAAGCAAGAGCCAAAUGAUGGCAAACUUUUCUUUGCUGUUGACAAAGACAAUGGAAACAUAUCUGUGAACAACCCAACACUUGACAGAGAGGAACACAGGUCUUUUGUUCUAACGCUGCAAGCUGCUGACAUGUAUGGAAGUCCUGAAGGAAAUUCUGCUACAGCUACUGUAUUUAUAGAUAUCCUGGAUGUCAAUGACAAUAUUCCUACUUUGGAGAAGGAUGAGUUUUCAGCAAGUGUUGAUGAGAAUGAGGCACCUGUUGAGGUUUUGAGGAUCCAGGCUCUGGAUAACGAUGAAGAGAAAACAGACAAUUGGUUGGCCGAGUUUGAAAUCGUCUCGGGGAACGAGGAUGGACUUUUCUCUAUUGAAACUGAUCCAAAGACAAAUAGGGGUGUUUUGUACCUGAACCAGCCUGUUGACUUUGAGUCAGCAUCUGAUAUGAACCUGAAUCUAGUUGUUGCAAACAAAGCUCUUCCAGGAGCACCUUUAGAGAGUGGAGCAGGAGCAGCAGGUGCAGGUGGAGCUUCUGGAGCAGGUGCUCAACAUAUGUUUUUUGGAGGAAGCUCCAGUGUACCCAAGCAAAAGACAUACUUAGUAAAGAUCGGUGUCAAAAACAAACCAGAAGGCCCAAAGUUCAAACCAAAGAUCAAGCCUAUAUCUGUAUCUGAAAACACCAAAAAUUCUUAUCCAAGAGUAAUUGACACCUACACUGCUAUAGAAGAAGACACAGGCAAAACAGCAGAAAAAGUCAAAUAUGCAAAGGGAUAUGACCCUGACAGCUGGAUUUCUAUUGACACGGAUACGGCUGAGAUAAAAUUGAACAAGGUACCAGAUCGUGAGUCUCCAUUUGUGGUAAAUGGGACCUACUAUGCCAAGAUCCUCUGCAUUACAGAUGAACUGCACUCUCAGACGUCUACAGGUACUAUAGCUUUGCAAGUGGAGGACCUGAAUGAUAACUGCCCCAAACUCCUUAAUAAUGUGCAGACUGUCUGCAGUGAUACCAGAGUGGUCAAUGUCACAGCAGAAGAUGAAGAUUCAGAUCCCAACGGAGCUCCACUAGAGUUCAGAUUGAUACAAGAGAAGACAAAGGGCAAAUGGAACCUGCAGCAAAUAAAUAAUGUAAGUGCUUCACUGCUCGCUGAAGAUGACUUAUGGCCUGGUUUUUAUGAAGUUACCAUGGAGAUCAGAGACAAGCAAGGACUGGUCUGCCUUGAUGAGCAAGUCCUCCAUUUAGAGGUUUGCACUUGCCCUGAAGGAAUGUUUUGUGUUUCAAAAGUGGCGGCUGUACGCACUACAUCAGCCAAUUUUGGAGCAACAGGAAUUAGUUUCCUAAUUCUAGGAUUCCUCUGCCUAAUCUUGGCGCUCAUGGCCAUAAUAAAAUGUGAAUUUGGGGAUCAUGGAAAACAUUUUAUUGAUAUGCCAUUUGAAACCAAUCAACAUCUUAUCUCCUAUUGCACAGAAGGAAAAGGAAUAGACAGGGAUGUUCUUCUGAUGGCAUUCCCACCAAAACUCUACAAUGAAGACCUUGAUGAAAUAAAAUUAUCCAAAGAACCUUUAAGAAUGGUGGAAGCUAACUUUAAUAUCCCAGCGGGUGAAAUUCAGGUCCCCUGGUCAAACCAGGUUGUAAAUAACAGUUCUAAUAUGGUAGGAAUGAUGCAGAAGAGUGCAUUUGGAGGCUUUUACUAUGACAUGAACAUGGAAAACUCUGCAAGGUGGCAAGAAGAACUUGACGAAUUCCUAAAAAAAUACUUUGCACAUAAAUCCAGGUAUAUAUCGGAGAAUGAUUCUCCAAAGCAAGGACUGAAGCAAUAUGAUUAUGAGAGUGAAGGAUCUGUUACCGGUUCCAUUGAGAGCUGCAGCUUCACUGAGUCUAAUGAUGAUCUGGAGUUCUUGAACAACCUGGGUUCAAAGUUUAACACCUUGGCUGAGGUGUGUGGAUUCAGACAGACUGACCCAAAAGUUAUUGUUAAUACUGUUGAGAUUACACCGAAUGCGGCUGCAUCUUCCAGUCACGUGACCAACAUUGUCCAGCCCAGUCCUGAGGAGAUACCUGUUAAAUCCCCACUUGUCCAACCCGAACCUAAUCAGGGGACUGUCAUACAGGAGCCUAUGUACUAUGGAUUCAACCAGCCAAUGGCAAGCAAUGUUUUGCUAUCAGAGAAUGGGCUUGGCCAAGGUGUGUACAUAAUUAACGGAACUCCAGAAGCUGGGAGAAUUCUGACUCAAGGUAAUUGCCAUACACUUGAACAUUAUGGUAGUGGACAACAGGCUGUUCUAGCAAACAACAUCAUUGGUGAUUCAGUCUUGUACUCACAAAUUGGACCUCAAAGUCCAGUCAUGGUUACCAAAGGUUUAGGGGAAGUUAACCUUCCACCAACUCCAAACCUUGUAGUGAUGCCACAGCAACAACUAGAUGGAAUUGGUUCACUGCAGAUGUUAAGAGAGAAUGGGCAGAAUAGAGUAACUCUUAUAGAUGGUUCAAUAAAUGAAGGCAAAGUACUCGUUGGAGGUCUAGGUCCAAGUCAUCGUCCCAUGAGCCCUCAACUACUUUACCCAGUAAAUUCUCAAGAGUUGAGUGGAAUGGUACAUAUGAACCAAACAGUAGUUGAUGGCUCCCUUUCCAUUGCACAGAAUGAAGGGACAGUAACAAUUGUAGAAAGUCCUGACAAUGGAAGCAAUCUAUUGGUAGGAGGCCCAGGAACUCCAAACCUAGUGACAGUGCCUCAAACUGCAACUGGUCAGGUAAACAGCCAACUAUUAGUAAGCUGUCCUUACCCAAGUGCUUCAAAAAAAGGUGGAGAAAGUAGACUACUGGUUAGUGGUCAUUCUAUUCUAGAGGCUCCUGUUAGUGGAGGUAAUUUACUGGUUGCAGGCCCAGGUCAGUAUCCUGUGUCUAUGAUUGCAGGAACUCCAAACCUAGUGAGACUGCCUCAAGUUCUAACUGGACAGGUUAAUAACAGUCAGCUAUUAGUAAAUGGUGUUCAAAACAUUGUAUCAGGGAAAGGUGGACAGAGCAGACAAUUGGUUAGUGGUCUCACAAUUGUAGAGGGUUCAAGUCAGCUUCCACUUGCCAUGAGUCCAGGAGUACUUAGUCCAGCAGAACAUUCUCAGGCAGCAAACAGACAGCUAUUCCAUUCUACAGUGUCCAGAGUUCUGACAUCAAUGUCUAUGAUGCCAAAAUCCAAAGGAUUUGCAACAAAUGGGCAGCGGAACGUUGAGCAGUGAUCUAAUUUUUGGUCUAGUGGCAUUAAUAGUUCUCUAAUUAUCAGGAUGGGAUUAUCUGCAGAGAAGCACAGAAACUAUUUUAAGCAUUAGAUGAUUUAAAAGUAUUUAGUAUUAAAAUGACAAAAAUGAGUGAGUAUGAGGAUUUUUAAGAAAAACAUUUCUAUAUUUACUUGGCCUGGGUGGUCUGAACCUAUUUCAAGGCCAAUAUUGUUAAACAUAGCAUUUUGUCUUAAAUCUACAGAUAAGAUUUCAAAGAAAACAUUAACACAUUAGACAUACAUUGUAUAGGGCAAUAAAUAACUUGAUUAACAAUGCAUAAUUUAACAACUGAAAAGAAAACUCUAAUUAUGUAGCAUUUAAUGUAUUCUAAAGCUUUUAUAAAUGUAAAUCCUGUAAUCAAAUGUUAUUAUAUUUAAUAUAAACAAGGUAAUUGAUUUAAAAUUAGUGUUGAUUAUUAAAAGUCAGUUCAGUGACAUGAUUCCAUGGACUUACAUUAUACUUGUUUAUAUUCAAUUAUACUGUGAACAAUAGGGAGAAGUCGAUGUUAUGUCCUGUGGAAUUCAUACCACAGAUACUACUGUAUUUAACAUUUCUUUUAGUAUUUUUAAAUGUGGUUUCUCUUGGGAUUUUUGUCAUUUUUGUCUGUAAUUAAAAACUUUAAUGUUAAGUUGUC